AUGCAAGCCUUUACGAAGUCGCCGGGCUUCCCAAUGGCGCUUGCAGACGCACCACCGGAGUCAGAAGGGAGCCGCUUCAGGCACCGAUCGCCUUGCCCAACGUUUCGUGGGACAAUAUGGUGUGGGAUGGAAUGGGAUGAAUGGCAACUGGUUCGGGCCCUCGUUCGUCCUUCCGACGCCGUGCUUGAGUUUGGAGCGCGCUACGGGACGACGAGCUGUAACCUCGCCCGAGCGACGCUCAACUCCGGUAGAGUAGUCGCAGUUGAGCCCGACUCAAGAGUCCGCGACGACCUGUUGCACAACCGUGCCCUCCACAAUUGCAGCUUCCACAUCGUGCAUGGCACCGUUGCAGACCGGCCGCAUGUUAUUGACCCUCGAAACAUGUUGCACUAUGGCACCAGGACGGCCCCAUUCCACCGCAGAGGGCGUGUGCUGCCUAACAUUGGUAUCAGGGAAAUCGAGCAGCGCGUUGGGUGGCGCUUCAAUACAUUGCUCAUAGACUGUGAGGGGUGUAUCACAGACGUGCUGACGGGCACAGUUGCUGAGAUGCUCGGAACGCAGAUCGUCAUGGUCCUGAUAGAAGAGGACGCGGGGCUGAACUACAGCACGCAUCAUCAGCUUCUUCGCUCGAAGGGACUCAGCUUAGUCUGGGAUUACCAUCUUGUGCAGAGUAUCAAGCGCAUGCGAGAAUUCCCAGUCGAUGGCUGA